GCGUUCAUGCAGCGAGCCCCUCGAGGGGCAACUCUGGUGACGCUGGCGGAGUUGGACCUGCAGGCUGGCGCGCUGCCAAGCCUUUCUGCGAGGCGCGGGGAUGAUCCACUUCAGAUGGAGUGGCGCCAGGAAGGCUAUGUGCCCUUCGUGUACACCCGCAAGUGA